AUGGUGUCGCCACAAGACCUCAGCUUCGGCCUGGCCACGACAUGGCUGGCUCUGCUGGGCUACCUGAUCCUGGCCAAGGUCGGCUAUGACCUCGUCCUGGCAGUCUACAGGAUCAACUUCCACCCUCUUCGGCGGUUCCCGGGCUCCAAACUGGCCGUCGCCUCAUACUGGUAUGAGACGUACUACGACGUCUUCAAGGGCCAUCAGUACGUGUGGAGGAUCAAGGAAAUGCACGAAAAGUACGGCCCGGUCAUUCGCACCAACCCGGACGACGUGCACAUUCACGACCCGGACUUCUUCGACACCUUGUACGGUUUGAAACUGGACAAGUGGGCGUGGUGGACGCGAGGCUUUGCCGUGCCCACGGCUGGAGGUAUGACCGUUGAGCACGAGAUCCACCGCAAGCGACGAGGGGCGUUGAACCCCUUCUUCUCCAAGGCCAGCAUCGUUGCGAACAUGCCCGUCAUCCAAGAGAAGUUGGCCGUCAUGUGCGAACGACUGGACAGGAUCAAGGGGAGUCGGGAGGUGCUUGACCUGGAGUCUGUGUAUCUGGCCCUGACCACCGAUGUCCUCACGCAGUGUUCCUACGGCUGGACGUACGACUACAUCCAUAAUCCGGAAUGGGCCAUGACCUGGAAGCUGGUCAACACCGGCGGACGCGCCUCGGCGGCCAUUGUGCGUUCGUUCCCCUUGAUCGGCGCCAUCGUUCGCUCCAUGCCCUUGUCCGUGGCCAUCAAGCUCGUCCCACCGGUCGGAUUCAUGAAAUCCUGGAUGCAGCGUGUCGGGGUCCAAGUGAAGAAGAUCAAAUCCGACCCGGAGACCAUGCAGGCCAUCAAGACCGAGAAGAGGCGCAAGGACACCAUCUUCGCGCAGAUUCUGUCGAGCGACCUCCCCGAGGAGGAAUUGAGCGAUGAACGACUGAUUGACGAGGGCGUCUUGAUUGCCACGGCGGGCUCGGAGACCACCGCCUGGGCUAUCACCAUCACCACGUACCACAUCAUGAAGAACCCGGACGUGCUGGCCAAGAUGCGCGCGGAGCUGGCCAAGGUCGAGAUCCCGCCCGGUGAUCCCGUGGCGCCUUGGACGUCGCUCGAAAAGAUGCCGUACUUGACCGCGGUCAUCAAAGAGGGCGUGCGCAUGGCCGGUGGAAUGCUGUCUCGUCUGCCACGCAUCUACGACAAGUCCAUCCAGUACAAAGAGUGGACCAUCCCCGCCGGCACGCCCGUGGCCAUGACACCCCACCUGGUCCUCAUCGACGAGAACAUCUUCCCGCAACCCCGGAAAUUCGAUCCCGAGCGGUGGCUCGAUGACAACGCCCUCACCGAGGGGAAGACCACCAGCCGGCUGGACAAGUAUAUUGUGGCGUUCGGCAAGGGUUCCCGCAACUGCAUCGGCAUGCACUUGGCGUACGCUCAGCUGUACAUGUCCGUGGCCGCCGUGGUGAUGAGGUAUAAUUUGGAAAUGUACCAGACGGACGACAGCGACGCCACGCCCACGAGGGAUCUCUUCACGGCCGGAGUGAAGCUGGACAGUCAAGGGAUCAGGGUCAUUAUACAUGAUAAGGAUGAGAAGAUGUAA